AUGGAUAUUAUCAAGAAAGUUCACGCGGCAAUCAUCAAAAGUUUAAAGUCAAAAUACGUUGCCGAUUUCCUGGAAAUUGUGUCUGACUAUUUGCAAACCUAUAGAAAGGAAAAAGAGAACUCAAUCCUAAACUACCGAUUUGAUCCGGAAUCCAAUGUCACUUCAAUUAACUAUCUCUAUCAAAAACAUGCAAAAGUCAUCAUCGUGAAAGUGUUCAAAAAGUAUCAAAGUACAGUUCGUGAAGCAUUUGACCAACAGCUGGCCACGUUAGAAGAUACAAAUAGCGAAGCUACAAUAAAACUGGUGAUUAAAAGCUUGCUCAUUCAUGUUGAAAAUGAAUGCCGCAGCGUACGAAUCGACCCUUUCUCUCUUUCUGACGAGGUCUUUCAGGCAUACAUGACUGAGACCGAAGGAGAAAGUGGUCAGCCUAGGCAAAUCACUGUCAAGAUGGAAAAAAAGUGGACAUUUUUCGAUAUGCAGACGAUGCAAAGAGACGUUUCAAAACAAUUUAAAGAAGAUCCUGAAAAGUUCAAGCUGGGAUUCUGCAAGAUCAUUACAUGUGUAUUUAAGAUUGUUUGUUGGACAUUUCAGGGUGACAAAGACUUGAACGAGCAAAUUCGUCAAAACUUUUCCCUUUCGCAACCACCGAUGGGACUUAAUUAUGAUAUAGGCUAUUGCAGAGAGACUCAAUCAAGCUACCGGCCAAAAGAGCCAAGGAGACAAAAACCGUUCUACGGCAAGGCAGGCAAGUCGAAUAAGGGAAGUACAUCAAAGACACCAGAUACCAGAACCAAGGAAGAGAAGGAGUGGGACGCAGAGCAACGCCGUCAAGCUCCUUUAAAACGCUAUGAAACAAGGCUUGCGGAACUUUUAGGUGAAGGAACGGAAGCGAAACUUUAUGUCAGUCAAUUUUGUUCGAGUAUUAACGUGUACCUUUCUAAGGAGAAGCGAAUUCAAUUCACACCAUCGAGGGAAUGGUACGUUGAUAGUGGCAUCAAAGCAGAAGAUACGAUUCAAUUGCGUCUUAAAUUAGGAGAAGAGCUCUACUAUAUUUAUGAUCCAGAUGAGCAUAAUGAUGACGACGAGCAUUAUGGCGUUGGUGGUGAGUUGAUCAUUCGAAAGAGGAACAAAGACGGUAGUUGGAGCGAAUAUCCCUACUUUUUCACAACCAAACAAGAAUCAAGCGCAGAAGUGAUUAUGGAGAUCAUUAAAGAGCAGAAAGUUCAACGUGACUCUGAGACAGUGAACGGAUGAAUGAUGAUAUAGCCUGUGUAAAUAUUUUUGAAUAUGAUGAAAUGAAUCAGAUGUCAUGAUAGAAAUCACCGCAUGAUCUUUUCUUCUUCUUCUUCUUUAGCCGAUGAUGGUGUAAGAUGAACAGA